ACCGCGAACCCGCUACGCCGCGAUCACGCUCGUUUCAUACAAAAACGGGAGAAAAUCAUCGGUGAUUGUGAUUAUUUCGAUUUGUGAAUAAUUUUGAGUGCGCGACGAAUUUUUUCUGUGAUCGUAAUUAACACCAUGUGCAGUGGCAGUGUACGGAAGGAUUUCGAUCGGCCCGUUUGAUGGUGCGCAAAAAUGAUGAAAUGGCGAGUGGCUGGCGGGAUGGGCAUACCGUUCGCCGCUGCUGUGUUCUGCAUGCUGCCCCUCUUCACAUCGUCCAAUGGAGACAUACGGCAUCACGGGACGUCGCGAGCGCGCGGUUGGCGAGGCAAUGCCCCGCCCGCCGACGUGACAGCCAACAACUCCGUCAGCAACGUGACAGCGCAGCUCGGCGGGACGGCUUACUUGCACUGUCUCGUCGGACACUUGAGCGAAAGAGGCCAAGUGUCGUGGAUUAGGAAGCGGGAUUGGCACAUCCUGAGCUCGGGGAAGUUCACUUACACGAACGAUGAAAGGUUUCAGGUACUCCAUGGGGAGGGUUCGGAGGACUGGACUCUGCAAAUCAAGUUCGUUCAGAAGAGAGACAACGGUACCUACGAAUGUCAGGUCUCAACUCGAACAGGCAUUGUGUCACACUACGUGAGGCUGCAGAUAGUGGUGCCCGAGGCAUUCAUCCUCGGCUCUGGGGAACAUCACGUCGACCUGGGCAGCGUCAUUCACCUCAUCUGCAUCGUUGAGAAGAGCCCAACGCCGCCACAGUACGUGUUCUGGUACCACAACGACCGCAUGAUUAACUACGAUGCGACGCGAGGCGGCAUCACGGUGGAGACGGAGCCGGGGGCUAGGACGCAGUCUAGGCUCACAGUUCGCGGAGCCACGCUCAAAGACUCGGGAAAUUAUACGUGCAGUGCUAGCAACACUGAGCCGGCGUCUAUACACGUCUUCGUGUCUGAAGGCAGUAACAAAAUGGCAGCGAUCCUCCGUCGCAACACUAGCGCCAUCCACGGCAUAACCUCAAGCAUCACUUGCCUGCUCCUCUUCUCUUCCGUGAUGAUACACUUCGGCCUGCGAUGACGUUAGACGAAUAGAAGCUCUAUCACUCAUAGAAUACGAUUUAUUUUUAAACAUUUCAAUACCAUACGUAAAUGUAAGUAGGAUAUGCGGCUCAUAUAAAUCUAUGGACUGGUCAUGAAAACUUGUAUAGCGUGGUUGAAAUCCGUACAGCGACAUCUAUACUCUAUCCACGGAAAGAAGUUAGGCUAGCACUUUCUCUAAUCCCAUACAAAUGAGAGAGCCAAAAAUUUCAGGGGGUGUUAACUGUUAACCAUUUUGAGUCACCAACCAAUCACAAGCAUGUUUUCAAAAAACAUUCCACAUUCAAUUCGAAAAUGAUUUCAAAAAACAUUAGAAGUUAAAUUCAAAAAUAUGGUUUCGCCUGUGAUUGUUUGGUGUCUCAAAAUGCUUAAUGCCAUUGAGAUUUUUGGCUAUCAUUUGUAUGUGCGUUACUAACUUCUUUCCGUGGAUAGAGACAGUUCUAAAAUCGAAUUUGCUGUACGUUUCAAGUCAUAGCCCAUAUUUUUAUCUGUAGCUAAGCCAAAUGCGGCACGGAUAAGGAAAUAAUUAUUUCGUAAUUGUUUUGGAUCGUUAGUCUAUGCUCUAUAUUUUUAUUUUAUCGAUUUUUACAUUUACUUAUUUUUUUGGAUAUUAAAAAUAAUUGUAGGAACUUUAUAGUUAAUUUUCAUUUUUUUCCAAAAAAUAAACUUCGGUAUUAUUGGCUAAAUUGUUAAAAAAUUAAAAUGUAUUAUAAUUACUUAAAUAUCUAUGUAGUUAAAAGCACUUAAAGUAUUCGAAUUUAUAUUAUAGAAAAUAAAAUAAAAUAAAAAAAUAGAAGUAAUCUAAGUUGAAGUUUUACCAGUUACAAAACCUCUAAAAUUAACACCAAAGGUACCUAUAUUAAUUUCUUAUUGAACCAUCUUGGUAGAUCUUAAUCAUCAAAAAUUGG